UUUAAAAAAAAAAAAACAAUUCAACAACAACAACUAAAAAGCUAUCCUCUUUAAAAAAACGUUUCCAGUAACGACUGCCUUUUCUCUCUCUAAAAUUUCAGACACCCUUUCUCUCUUCACUCAAUCUCAGGCAGACAUCCAUGGGAGCUUAUCAACAUGAAACAGAGGAGGAAGACAGAGAAAAUGAAGAAACAGAGGAGGAAACAGGGGAUUUUGAAGGAGGUCAAGAUAUGGAGAAAGGUGGAAAAACCCCACAUACAAAUUUCAAUGCUUCAAUGUUAAGAACAUUAAAUCCCACUAAUCCUUUAAGAGUUGUCAUUAAUGGAGGUCGAGUUCCAUUAACAACACCUCCUCUUCCUCCUUCUCAUCAGCCGCCUCCUCAUCAUCAUCAUCAUGUUCGUCAACCUCCUCAAGUUCAUCAUCCCCCUCCUCCUCCUUCGUCUCAACCUCGAUUCAUUCCUACCACUACCCCAGCUCCUCAACAAUCAGUAAAUUCAUUGAAUUCAAGAGGGUAUACCAACAAAAUAUCACUAUUUCUAUUUGUGGUUCACAUGAUUGGAGCAAUUGGGUUGGUUGGUUUUCUAAUAUACAAAGCAAUUGAAGGAUUUGUUCAAGGAGGAUCAUUUAGGAGGAAAGAGCAAGAUAUCUUGAGACAUUAUUUGCCACAAGUAGAAGCUGCUUCUUUUUUAAGCAUAAUUUUGGCAUUUUUAUGGCAAAAAGCUGUUAGGGUUUGGCCUCAGUUUAUGAUCCAUUUCAUAUUAUGGAGUAGUUUUGCAUUCUCAUUUUCAGCUGGAAUUCUGUUAAUUUGCUUCCAAAAGCCAACCACUGAUGCAUGUGGAGCUGCCCUUAUUGCAUUUGCAAUUGGGAAUGGGUUAUAUUCUUGUUGGGUAACUCAAAGAACAAGUUUCGCCACCAAGAUCCUGAUAAAAUCACUGGAACCAGUAUCGAAAUUCCGUGAUUUGAAUCAUCCUACAUACUGUAUGCUUGUAGCUGGGUUCAUAUGGAUGUCUCUUUGGAUAUUGGCUGUGAUUGGAUCUUUGAAUUUCUAUUUAACACCAUUGGUAAUAGUAGGACUAGUUUUGAGUUUAGCUUGGACAACUGAAGUGAUGAGAAAUGUGGCGAAUUUGACAGUGAGUAGAGUAAUUGCAUUGUAUUACCUAAGAGGAAUACAGUCUAGCACUAAUUUCUGCUUCCAAAGGGCAAUUACUAGGAAUCUUGGGAGUGCUUGUCUUGGUUCGUUAUUCGUUCCUACAAUCGAAGCCUUGAGGAUUAUCUCUCGGGGGUUGAAUUUGGUCGAAGGGGAAGACGAGUUCAUGUUUUCUUGUGCUCAUUGUUGCUUGAAUAUCAUGAACUCUAUCUUUAGAUAUGGCAAUGGUUGGGCUUAUGUUCAGAUUGCUGCUUAUGGGAAAAACUUUACAAAGUCAUCAAUAGAUACAUGGGCAGCUUUUGAGAGGCAAGAAAUGGAAGAAAUAGUUGAUUCUGAUAUAAUAAGCGCAGUUUGCUUCCUCUCAGGCGUAUGUAGUGGCUCGAUUUGCGUGAUAAUGGUGGCGGCGUGGACUCAUCAUGUACACCAAGGCUACACUGCCACUCUCUCCCUCUUGUCCUUCUAUGUUGGUUACCUUAUGACAAGGAUAGCAAUGGCUUUGCCUCAUGCUUGUGUGAGCUGUUACUUCGUAUGCUAUGCUGAGAGUACAGAUAAGAGGCUGUUUGAUAACACAAUUUCUGACAGAUUAACCUCUAUUAAAUCUGGUCAAGAUGUAGCUGCUCCCACUCCAAGAGUUCCUCAUCGUUUCAAUAGGUCAACAAGAUGAUCGGUACGUAACACAAUUUUCUAUGUAUAACCGAUUAUAUACACCCUUGAGCAUGGUAUAACCAGUUAUAUGGUGAAGAUUCCCGGAUCAUAAAGAAAGAGGUAAAUAUAUCUUCUUGAUGUACAUAUAUUAUUGGAAGCUUUUCCUUACUAUUUGGGUCAAUCUUUUAGAUUGA